AUGCUUCUUAACCAGCCCCAACAAAUGCAUGCAACAGCAGCAACAGCAGCAGCAGCAGCAGCAGGUGCAGCAGCAGGUGCGGGUCAAGGGGCCUUCUUCGCAACGCAGAGAAGCGAGACACCGUAUUUCCCUCUCUAUUACAACACUCUAACACAGCAGCAACUCUAUCUCAGCAGCAGCAGCAGCAGCAGCAACAGCAGCAGCAGCAGCAGCAGCAGCAGGAGUGCAGCACAGGGUAUGUUUGUGAACGCCCUGUGGCAGGUGGUGUGUGAGGUGCAGCAGAGCAACGCAGCAGCAGCAGCCUGCGGCCUCCUGGGUGUCCCCUUCAGCAGCAGCAGCAGCAGCAGCAGCAGCAGCAGCAGCAGCAGCAACUUGCGUGUAUUUCUUUCAAGACACAGCAGCAAGCUGCAGUUUCUCCACAGCAGCACACUUGUCUCCUGGCCCGCGCUGCAGUCCCGGCUGCUGCAUGCACUAAAGGUCUCCGCGGAGCAGCAAGGAGACUUCUCCGUUGUGGGGUGGUAUGCUUUUUCUUCUCUCGCGCUGCUGCACCCUUUUAUAGACGCAAAGGCACAAACCAAUGCCGCUUUUAUACUACAGGCAGCAGCGAGACGGGGUUCUGUUCCUCUCUGUCUCCCCCCCGUGCUGGCUGUGCUGUCUCCUCAGGGGUCUGGGGGCCCCCAGGAGCAGCGGCGUGGCGUGGGGGGUGUCUCCUCGGAGCAGCAGAAAGCAGCCAGCAGCAGCAGCAGCAGCAGCAGCAGCAGCAGCAGCAGCAGCAGAGGGGGUGGUAGAAACACAGAGGAGAAAGUCAGGUACCUGGGGGGGGUGUGCAGGGGAUGCAUGGGCCCGCUGCCGCUGCUGGCUAAGCUGCUGCCUCUGGUUGACAGCAGCAGCACUGGUGUCUCCAGCAGCAGCAGCAGCAGCAGCAGCAGCAGCAACAGCAGCAGCAGCAGCAGCACGAGUAUCGAAAGACGAGAGCAGCCGGAGUCGGAUAACAGCAGCAGCACCACUUCUGCUGCUGCUGCUGCUGCUGGUGCUACACAGAGGAGAAAGUCAGAGGUCUACCCCGUCACUGUCUUGGUGCCCCCCUCAGCUCACCACCAGGUCACCUUCGAGGUGACGGUGAUGCCGAAGGAGACAGGCCGUCUGUACUUUGUGGGUCUUUCUUACACUCUAAAUAGAGUCUCCUGCUGCCAGCUGCUGCUGCGCGACAGCAAGCAGCUCGACUGUCUCCUCGCAGCAAAGGGUUUCAUGGGGGCCCCCCAGGGGGCCCCCCAGGGGGGCCCCCAUGGGGGCCCCCAUGGGGCCCCUGGGUACAGAGAGGGGCCCCUAGAGGGGAUAGACGUGCGCUUUAAAACUACAGAAGCAGCAACUGCAGCAGCAGCAGCUGCUGCUGCUACUCCUGCUGCUGCUGCUGCUGCUGCCGCUCUGCUGCCGCCGCCUGAGUUCAUAGACGCCGCGGGAGAACUGCUAGAGUACAGCUCAGCUGCAUGCGUUGACGUCAUCCCCCAGCUGCCGCUGCUUCGGGUGUCUCUGGAGACAGCUUCUCCUGUCUCCUUUUCGAUGACAGAUUGGCUGCAGCAGCCUGCGCGCCCUGCUGCUGCUGCUGCUGCUGCUGCUGCUGCUGCUGCUGCUGCUGCUGCAGGAACUGCAGCAGGAACUGCUGCUGCUGCUCCGUUGAGCCAGGGACUUCUCCUCCCUCCUUCCGUGCAGCAGCAGCAGCAGCAGCAGCAGCAGCAGCAACAGCAGCAGCAGCAGCAGCAGCAGCAGCUGACAGAGACAGGAGACAGGGGGGGGGCCCUUGAGGAGACAGAUGUGAGGAGACAGGGUACCCUGUGGUGCGACAUGGAGGCAGAGGCGCGCGUAGCUGGGUGGGGGGGGGCCCCCGGGGCCCCCGGGGCCCCCGGAGAGGGUACCGGUGGGGGGGCCCCCCAGGACUCGUUUGGUUGCUGCAGCAGAGAGAAGCAGCAGCAGGAGACAGAUGAGUGGCAGGAGACAGAAGAGGAGACAGAUGCAGAAGGAGACAGUCAGCUCCUUGCUGCUUUUCACUCCAAUAGAAGCGCAGAGACACAACAUAGCUUCGAUACGCAGGACCUGCAGCAGCAGCAGCAGCAGCAGCAGCAGGAGCAGCAGCAUAACUGCGCUGCUGCUGUUGCUGCAGCAGACCCUCGGCGGUCCCCUGUAUGGGAGGGGCAGCACCGGCAGCUGUCUAUACACCUGGAGAACGUCAGCCGCCUGGCUGCAGCAGAUAUAGGGUUUAGGGUGCUGCCCCCAGAAGACACAAAAAAUAUUAACAUGCAGGAACUCCAACGCAUCUUUCAGGUCGUGUGGGGCCCUGAUACAGCGAACGCCUCCAGCUCUACUGACGCCUUUGCUGCUGCUGCUGCUGCUGCUGCAGCAGCAGCAGCAGCACCCCCUGGGGCCCCCCAAGCGCGAGGAGGAAGCGGCCCCCUGUUGGGGGGCCCCCCGGGGCCCCGGGGGCCCCCCAGCAGCGCCUCGUCAAGCAGAGAGGGCAGCUGGGGCAGCGGAGACACCGCAGCAGGUGCCGCUGUCUCCUGCUGCAGCUGGGAGGGGACACCAACUGUCUCCUCUUCUCCUUUGCUGCUACACGGAGACAGAAGCAGCAGCAGCAACUCCUCACCAGCCCCUGCAGCACAAGAGACCAGUAAUAUAGGGCAGGGGGCCCCCUCAACAGGGGCCCCAGGAGGAGGAGGGCCCCCGGGGGGCCCCCUAGGGGGCCCCCCUGGGGGGCCCCCAGAGGAGCCCCCAAAAGAAGGUCCUGUUAUUUUGCCUGGGCAGCGAAUGGUUGUGCCGCUGCGGUGUAUAGCCAGCUCAAAGUACCCUGCAUGCAUCCUAGAGGUUUCAUACUCUGUAUCUGGUGCAUGCCCGUACCGGCGUGUGGUUCGUUUGCCUUUGCGGCUGCGUAUACAGCGGGGCCUGCAUCUGCGUCAGCAGGGUUUACACUUCUUUCCUUUAUCUCGCCUAAACCCUCACGAGGCCCUCAAAACCCUUUGUUCUUCUCCCUUUUGUACCGAGGGUUUAGCAGCACAACUCGGCAUGGGGGGCCCCUCUCUAUGGGGGCCCCUAGGGGGGCCCCCUGGGGGCCCCUGGGGGCCCCAUGAGGAAGAUGAAGGGCAACACAGAGACACUAUAGGGGAAUCUGAUAGCGAGCUCCAGCACCAUGCAGAUGGGGGCCCCCUGGGGGCCCCCCUCACACCUUCUUUAGCAGCAGCAGCAGCAGCAGCAGCAGCAGCAGGAGCAGGAGGAUAUAGACCACAUGAAGGUGGGGGGCCCCCAUGGGCCCCCUAUUACUCUCGUGGUGAGGGUCGUGGCUACAUAAGGGGUUCUAUAGAUAGCGGAAUGGGUCCCCCAGGGGCCCCAGGGGCCCCAGGGGCCCCAGGGGCCCCAGGGGCCCCUGGGGCCCCCAGCAUGCAUGCAGGGGCCCCCGUGUGUGGGGGCCCCCUAAUGCAUAUAUUCGAUAACAAGAAAUGCCUCAUCUGCCUAGACAUAGCUAACACCGCCCCCGUAGAGUUCGAGUGCUGGGCCCUGGGGGACGAGCGGGGGGGGGCCCCCCAGAGGGUAACAGUGGGGCCCCAUGAUGGACAGGCGAGGUGA